AUGGGGAAGGCAGCAAGGUGGCUGCGGGGCCUCCUUCUGGGAGGGAAGAAGCAGCAGCAGCAGCAGCAGGUCCCCGUCGGCGACGAAUCGAGCUCCUCCAAGGAGAAGCGGCGGUGGGGCUUCGCUCGCUCGUUCCGGGACAGGGACCCGCAGAGGAGGGACGUCACGGCGCCGCCGCCGUCGAGAAUGAGGCCGGAGGAGGGGAGGUGUGGCGCCGCCGUCGGAUCGUACGCCUCCUCCGUCGCCUCGUCGCAUUCCAACUGCACCGCUGCCCGGCACCGCCAAGUCCCUGCGGCGGCGCUCGACGAGGCGGAGCAGAACAAGCGGGCCAUCGUCGUCGCGGCCGCCACCGCCGCCGUUGCUGAGGCUGCCGUCGCCGCCGCGCAGGCCGCCGCUGCCGUCGUUCGCCUCACCAGCAGCGGCCGCUGCUCCGGCUUCUUCGCCGGCAAGGCCGAGGAGGCGGCGGCCAUUAAGAUCCAGACCGCUUUCAGAGCUUACCUGGUUAGUACUCCCCGUCCCCUCUCUCUCUCUCUCUCGCUCUCUCUCUCUCUCUCUCUCUCUUCACGUGGGCUGGAGGGGGGAGCUUUGUAAUCAUCCGGGUUUCGUUUGCUUCCGGCGAAUUCCACAGUCGGAGAAACCGGCGACCCCACCGCCGCCUUCCUUCUCUGUGGCCGCUACUUCUUCUUCCUCUUCUUCUUCUUCCUUCCCUGCUCUGGUUUAUACCUCUUUUGUUCCUGGCCGGUGGCUUAGCCAUGUAGCUGGAUUUGGCCGUGCCAACUCCGUGACAGUGAUGAGACGGCAAUAAUGGCAAUGGCGGGCUCUGACAGUCCCCUUCCUCAUCAACCAUUCUCCGCUAGGGUUUCGGAAACCUUCCCUUCCUGGUUUUCGUGGUCGGAUCCCUAAUCUUCUUCCUCCUUACCCGGUGGGUGGUUGUUGCAGGCGAGGAGAGCUCUGCGGGCUCUGAGAGCGCUGGUGAAGCUCCAGGCCCUCGUCAGAGGCCACAUCGUGAGGAAGCAGGCAGCGGAGACCCUUCGCUGCAUGCAGGCCCUGGUGAGAGUCCAAGCUCGGGCCCGAGCUCGCCGCUCUCUGCCGGAGAAUUCCCGCCGCCGCCCGCGUCACCAACCUGUAAGUCUUCCUCUUCUCCUCCGCCGGAUAGGAAGAAGAAAAGGUGGGUGACCUUCUUCUGGUCUGGUUUCAGGGGUCCGAGCUCGAGGGAAGGAGGCAGCGGUGGAACUGGGCGGAGCGGUGGACGGAGGAGGCACCGGCGAGGGCCGCCGCCGGAGUGAUCACCGACGACGAGAAGGACGACCGGAUUCUGGAAGUGGACACCGGGAAGCCUCGCCGGAACCCUAAGCGCCGCCCGCCCGCCACCCAGCAGCACUCUCCCGCCACCACCCUCGCCUCCGACCAGAACAGCCGGAGCUUCGCCACCACCACUCAGUUCUCCUUCCACAGCCCCUCCUCCGUGGACAUGCCCCACCAGUCUCUGAGCCCCCUGAGAACGGUGGCGACGGCGGCGGCGGCGGCGGCGGUCUCCGACGGGGGGAUGAGCGAGAGCCCCCAGUUCUACUCUGCCGCCUCAUCACGGCGGGGAAGCGGUGGCGCCGCUAAGAGCGACUGCUCGAGGAGCUUCUUCAGCACCUACGCCGACCACCCAAGAAGCUACAUGGCCAACACGGAGUCUUCCCGCGCGAAGGUGAGGUCUCAGAGCGCCCCCAAGCAGCGGCCGGAGUACGAGAAGCUCGCCGCCGGCCACCGCCUCCACGCGGGAGAAGUUGGCGGCGCCGUCGCCUCCGCCGCCCCCGUCAGGCCCACGCCCUCUUCCCUGCAGCUCAAGUUCUCCAGCAAGGCUUAUCCUGGCUCCGGCCGCCUUGACCGGUUGGGCAUGCCCCUUAGGUAG